AUGAUCCCCGGGCGCAGCAACGACGGGCACUCCUCCUCGAUCCCGUCCUCACCCUACUAUCCGAUCCUCGCCCCCGGCGACUCCCGCAGCGGCAUCCUCCCCGUCGUCCCGCCCGACAGCGACGAGCUUCCGAGUCGCGCGCCGCGCAGCAACGCCGCGACCGCGGCCUCUGCGGCGGGCGUCCGGGCGCUCAGCGCGCAGCUCGUAGCCUUUUACUUUCGCGCGCCCGCCAAGGCCUUUUUCCGCACCCGCGUCGACUACCUCGCCUACGCGCGGACGAUUCACAAUGCGCACACCGAGGCUCUGAUGCGCGCCGCAACGGCAGCCGCGAGCGGCAGCAGCAACAGCAGCAGCAGCAGCUCGCGGUGGCGGACGCUGCUCCAUCAGUCGUGGCUAUGGGCGCGCAGCACCACGCCCGGCGUGCUCACGUCGGCCGUCCGUCACGAGGGCUGGGGCAUCAUCCCGCACCAGAUCCUGCCGCCGCUGAUUGCCAAUAUCGGCGUCGGCGCCGUGCUGUACACGAGCUACUUGCACAUACUCGGCCAGCUGCACGAGGGCAGCGGCAAGGCGACCAAGCGCGCGUACCCGCCGCCGCCGCCGGGCAGCACCUUUACGGCGGGCUUUCUCGCGGGCGCUCUGCAGAGCGUGGUCGCGGCGCCCCUGGACGCGCUGCAGGCGCGCUACGACCACAAGGACCUGAUGCGCGGCGGCGACGGCAGCGGCAAGCCCCAGAGCAUGUGGCGCUUUGGCGCCGAGAAGCUGCGCGAGAUUGGCCUGCGCGGCAUCUUUGCGGGCUGGGGCCUGUCCUUUGCCAAGGACAGCAUGGGGUCGGCCGUCUUCUUUAGCGUCUUUGAGUACGUCAAGGCGCAGGGCUACUACCGCUUCGUGACGUGGUACUACGGCGGCCUCGGCAAGGACAUUGUCGACCUACUCGCUACAAAACGCCCAGCCGCCGCUGCCGCGUCCGGCGACGAGGGCGCGACGACCAUUAUCCGGCCGCACUACGCCAUCGAGCCCAUGUUUCUCCUCGCGGCCGGCAUCAGCGCCUCCUUUGCGCAGCAGGUCUUGCUGCACCCUCUCACGCACUUUCAAGUCAAACACUGGGAUCACCUAGAGGAGCUCGACGCCAAGGCAGAGCGUUAUCGCGCGUCCGCCGCCGCGCGCCCGGGCAGCAGCAGUAGCAAAGCGCCGCGGUUCCGCAUGAUGCGUGCGUACUACCGAGCUUACCAGGAAACGCUGGCCGGCUGCGCCGCCGAGGCCGCCGCAGACGGCGUAUCGCUGAGUCGCUGGCUGUAUCGGGGCUUCUGGUGGAACGCGAUCCGCCAAGUGCCGAGCACGAGUGCUGGCCUCAUCAUCUUUGAGCUUAUCCGCAGAAAGUAUGGAUUCGGCGCCGACGAGGUGCGCAUCACCAAGGACGGGUACGACAUCCUGCUGCAUUAG